AUGGCUGGCCUGCGAAUAAAACGGGCCGAGGCUUUCACGAUCCACGAAGAUGCAGCGUCGGAGGAGACACAGCUGAACGAAGACCUGAUACCAACAGAAGCGAGCUCGUCUCAGCAGCAGGCCUACGGCGAGAUAGAGGACGAGGACGAUUAUGACAUGGAGAAGCUGCAGAAGACAUUUCCCAGCUUCCCGCAGCAGUUCCGGUUGAUCAAGCGGAUCGGCGAGGGCACUUUUUCGACCGUCUACAAGGCUGAGGAUCUGCAGUACGACCGCUUUGACAAUUCGUGGGACUGGGAGAAGGAGAAGUGGGCAUCACCACCGGUGAGGCGAACGGGCCGACAGCAGCACGCACAGACACAGCAAAAGCGUGGGCGGCGCAGCGCCAAGUACGUGGCGAUCAAGAAGAUCUACGUGACGUCGAGUCCGCUGCGGAUCUUCAACGAGCUGGAGCUGCUGCACGACCUGCGCGAGUCGCCGUCGGUGUGUCCGCUGAUCACGGCCUUCCGGCAGACGGACCAGGUGGUGGCAGUGCUGCCGUACUUCCGGCACCAGGACUUUCGGGCCUACUACCGCGACAUGACGGUGCCGGACAUGGCCAUCUACCUGCGGGCGCUCUUCACGGCCUUGAGCGCGGUGCACGCGUCGCGCAUUCUGCACCGGGACAUCAAGCCGACCAACUUCCUGUACGACCCGGCGACACAGCGCGGCGUGCUGGUGGACUUUGGCCUGGCCGAGCGCGAGGGCAGCGACAGCAAGCCGUGUCUGUGCCAUGAGCCGGACAGCAACGACACGCGGCCGGCGAGACGGGCCAACCGGGCAGGCACGCGCGGAUUUCGGGCGCCCGAGGUGCUGUUCAAGUGCACAGAGCAGACGACCAAGAUCGACAUCUGGUCGGCCGGUGUGGUGCUGCUGACGCUGCUGUCACGUCGGUUUCCCUUCUUCAACAGCGCCGAUGACGUCGAGGCCAUGAUCGAGAUCGCCACCAUCUUUGGCAGCAAGCGCAUGAAGGUGGCCGCCCAGCUGCACGGGUGCAUGUUCGAGACCACCAUCCCGACCGUCGGCCGCGAGGGCUUCAGCCUCGAGAAGAUCAUCCUCUGGAGUACCUGCCGCAUGGACAACAGCAAGACCCUGCAGCCGCUGACCGACGAGGAGCGGCUGGCCGUCCGCUUUCUUGGCCGCUGUCUGGACCUCGACCCCAGCAGCCGCAUCAGCGCCGACGAGGCCCUGGAACAUGAGUUUCUGCGCGAGCGCCCGCUGGGCACUGACGUCAUUGCAGGCACCAACAGCGAGGACGAGGAGGAAGAGAUGGAUAUGUUUCUAGAGAUGCUGGACAAUGCCGCCAGCAUCGUUGUCCAGGGCGAAAAGGGUCAGUUUGGGGCCUUCGAAAAGCAAUACAUCUUUCUUAACGAGGAGUAA